CUGGUUGAAGCGCUUUCUGGAGUUUCAAAGGUUUGAAACAUUCCGUCUUGGAUUCUGAGCCAAUUAUCUUAUCAUGGCGGCCAUGUCACGUACACCGGGGAACCAGGCGCUCUGGCUUUCUAACUUUUCCUCUCCACUUGAACUUGUAAAUCUACCCAUCCCAGAGGCUACUGCAGGGUCAGUAGUCGUAGAAGUGCUGAAUACAACGAUCUUUCCUUACGCAGACGACAUACAUAAAGGUCAUUUGCCAGUCUUCAACCUUACGCUGCCUUUGGUGCCACAUCCUAGCCACAUUGGUCGCAUUCACGCUGUCGGGUCCGACGCCGUUACUCUGAAACCAGGUCAUCUGAUAUAUUUCUCCGCGUUCAUCACUGCCCGUGAUGACGAGAGCGUCUUCAUGAUACAAGGUCAUCAUGGCGGCGAAGAUCCCCGAGCCAAGAAAUUGAUGCAGGGAGAGUGGAGAGAUGGCGCCUUGCAGCAGUACCAAAAGAUCCCGUUGGAGAAUGCCUUCCUGCUCGAUAGUCAUCGGCUUUGCGGAGAAUUGGGCUAUAAUCCAGCAGACCUACAUGAGAUCUCUUUCUACGCUAUGGGUGUCGGUGCUAUUUGUGAAGCCGCCCGGCUUCAACCCGGGGAAACGAUCCUCAUCGGGCCAGCAACAGGUACCUUUGGCGGAAUCGCGAGUGAAGUUGCGCUGGCAGUUGGUGCAAACGUCAUUGCGAUUGGAAGGAGUAGAGUUGGCUUAGCACGCUUGCAGCAGCAACUGGGAAAGCAUGAAAGAUUCCGGUUUGUUGUCAUGACUGGCGACUUGGAGGCUGAUUCGGCAGCCAUAAUUGCCACAACUCCAGGCAAACGAGGCGUAGAUGUUUACAAUGAUUGGACUUCCAGUGCGCUGGAAGGAAGCCCAUUCUUUGCAUCUUCAAUUCGCGCCAUGAGGAAUAGAGGGAGGGUAGUUCUCAGUGGUGCACCUGCAGGGACGAUCGCCGUUCCUUACGCGUUCGUAAUGCAUCAUUCUAUUAUGAUUAUUGGAAAGCUAGGUGUGGAACGAAGCGGCAUCAAAUUAACAAUCAGCAUGAUAGAAUCUGGGCUCAUUAAGCUUGGUCACCGUGGAGGAGCGGGACAUGCAUUAUAUAGUCUCAGCGAGCACCAAGAAGCUUUUGAAGCAGCGAAGCAAGGAGGAUUCAAAAACUAUCACGAUAUUGUCCCAUGCCCCUGGUAA